CUGCAAUGGGACAGACAAAUUACUUCAUAAAGAAGGUCUUCAUUAUUAUAACCAUCUUUUUAUUGAUCUGUCUACUCAUCAUUAAAGUGAGACCACCUAAAGCAGACAGGUCAAUCCCGGCACCUCUUGGGCCUUUACUCGUUUGCCCAUCAAAAAUCUCUGACCAGACCAUCACUCCUCUCAAAAAUACUAAACAUUUACUGGUCUCAGCAUUCAUGGAUCAGAGAGUGAUUGGUUUCGACAUACGCAUCAUUGGCAUGUUUCGAAGAGACUCCAUCCAGCCGCUCAACUGCCUUUUCUGCUGUGUUGGACAUUUAGGUGGAACCACUCCCACAAAGAUUUUAGUACACAUACUUUAUUCAGGUUUUCCCUUUGUUGCUACAGACAUCAUGUGUCAAAUUCCUCAAAACUGCGAUGCUACACAUGUCACUCUUCUGACAGAGCCCAGAGUGGAAAAUGAACGUAAUCUCACUUGGAUUCCUAUAAGAAACAAGAAAACCAAUGAAAACAAUGAAAGGAUGAACUUCACAGUCUGCAUUUCCAGUCUGUUUGGAGAAUACAACAAUGUGCUUCAGUAUACACAAAGUCUGGAAAUGUACAGGUUGCUUGGCGUGAACAGAGUGGUAAUCUACAACACCAGCUGUGGCCCAGAUCUUGAUCGUCUUCUGCAGAGUUACACCCAAGAAGGAUUUGUGGAAAUAGUUCCCUGGCCCAUCAAUGAACACCUGAAUUCAUCCCAUGGUUGGCAUUUUUCAAAACAUGGAGGUGAUAUACACUACUUUGGCCAGCUUGCCACACUCAACGAGUGCAUGUACAGAUACAUGGAGCGUUCGCGCUACGUCCUAUUAAAUGACGUAGAUGAGAUCAUCAUGCCAUAUCAACACAACAACCUGAUGUCUCUGAUGGACACACUGCAAAAUCAACAUCCAGAUGUUGGUGUGUUUCGCAUUGAGAAUCAUAUCUUUCCCAAGGAGCACUUCGAGCCAAGUGGAAGGUUUCAUCUUCCUCAAUGGAACGGGGUGCCAGGAGUUAAUAUUCUGGAGCACAUUUACCGAGAAGAUCCUGACAUAAAUAGAUAUCAUCCCCUCAAGUUGAUCGUUCAACCAAGGAUGGUGGAGCAGACUUCAGUGCAUUUAGCUGUAAGGAGAUUUGGACAACAAUACAAGGUUCCUCGGGAUGUUUGCAGAGUCAUUCAUGUCCGCGCACCCCUGCAAGGAUCAAUAAAACUGGAACAACUUCAUGUGGACAAACGACUGUGGGACUUUCAAGAAAAACUCAUUCCUAAUGUGGACAAGGUGCUGAAGAAAGUGGGGAUGCUUGCGUCUCCACCAGUCAACACCAGUCAAGAGUGA